AUGUCAACCACACCAACCAACCCAGAUGAGGGUAAUCAGAAUCAAGGUCGGGAUCAAGAAGACCCUACCAUGACUCAAAUUCUCCGUCUUCUUCAGCUGCAAACCGCUGCUUUGAACCAGCAGCCCCAAGCACCUCGAGUCGGAAGCUUUAAAGCUUUCCAAUCCCACCACCCACCUGAAUUUAGGGGAACUACAGAUCCAAUUAAAGUGAAAUCCUGGAUAAAGGAGAUGGAAAAAGCUUUUGCUUUGACGGAGGUUGGUGAAAAUAAGAAAACGGAAUAUGCGAGUUUCUAUCUGAAAGACGAGGCAAAUUUCUGGUGGGAGUCCACCAAGACCUUAGAAGGAAAUGGUGUUAUUACGUGGGAAAGGUUUACAGAGUUAUUUUUGGAAAAGUAUCUACCUCAAUACCUACAAGAUCAGUUGGAAGUCAAGUUCUUAGAAUUGAAGCAAAAAGGUAUGACUGUAGCAGAAUAUGAGGCAAAGUUUUCAGAAUUGGCAAGGUUUGUGCCAGAGUAUGUGAAUACGGAACACAAAAAGGCAAAACGGUUUCAACAAGGGCUUAAGUCAUGGAUACGUAGUCGAGUGGCCGUUUUUGAACUCCAAACAUAUGCUGCAGUGGUUCAGAAGGCUAUGAUUGUGGAAGGUGAAAGUGAGAUGUCAAAAAGAGAGAAUGAUAGUAAGAAAAGAAAAUUUGAAGGUUCUGAAGAAAGCCAAGGGCAAGCAAGUGCAAAAUAUAAAGGUAGAUUCAGGAAGGGUUCUGACAACCCAGCCAAUAAAGGAUUUCAAGGAUCUAAGCCCGGAAAUGUCGGACAGAGUAACCGUUUCCCCGGUCAAAGUCAGCAGCAGAAAGGCAAUAGACCUCCGGCCCCAGAAUGUAAGACUUGUGGGAGGAAGCAUUCUGGAAUCUGUAAUAAGCCUAACAUCACUUGCUUCAAAUGUAACAAGAAGGGCCAUUAUUCUUCAGAAUGUACUAGUACUUCGGGCAAGAAGGGUGUGACAUGUUUUAAGUGUGGAAAGUUGGGCCAUAUGGCAAGAGAUUGCAAGGAACCUGUCCAACAAGCAAAUGUUUUGAGGAUAGCUGGAUCACCACCACCGACACCUCCAGUACAACCAAGAGCCAGAACUUUUAAUAUGACGAUGAAAGAUGCUGUUCAGGACUCAGAUGUGGUCGCAGGUAUGCUUGUCGUGAACUCUUUAAAUGCAAAAGUAUUAAUCGAUUCUGGAGCUACUAAGUCUUUUAUAUCAAAGAACUUUGUGGAUAAAUUGAAUUGUGCUACUCAACCGUUAGAACCCAACUUAGUUAUAGAAGUGGCUAAUCAGGAUAAAGUAUUAGUUGAUAGUAUUUGUCCUAGUUGUGACAUAGAAAUAGAAGGUUGUCAUUUCUUCGCGAGCUUGAUACCUUUCAAGUUAGGAGAAUUUGAUAUUAUUCUAGGAAUGGACUGGUUAGCAGACCAUGAUGCUCAAAUCGAGUGCAAGAAUAAGAAAAUGAGAUUAAAGUCCAAGGAUAAUAAGGAAGUCGUAUUUCAAGGGCGAAAGCAAGAGAAAAAGUUUUUGACGAUGAUUCAAGCGAAAAGAUUAUUAAGGCAAGGAUGUGAGGCCUAUCUAGCUCAUGUAGUCGAUGUUAGUAAGGAACCAACCAAGAUAGAAGAAAUUCUAAUUGUUAAUAAGUUUCCCGAUGUUUUCCCUGAUGAGUAA